AUGAAAAAUGCAUUCAAAGCUUUGGCGACUGUUAAACCGGUCUUCAGUGACGCGCCUAAGGACAGCCGGUAUUUAAAUGUCGAAUACUACUUUGGCACCCUCUUCAAGGAUAUUUUGCGCGAGCAUACUCCCCAGGAAGAGCAGCCGGUGAACUUCACCAUACAAGAGGUUCCGUGGAGUAGCUAUUCUGAGGAGGCACCGAGAGAUCUUGUGGAAUUUAUUGAGUAUGCCACUUAA